AUGUCGUCUAGCAGAAGGUCGAGACAAGCUUCAUCAAGAAUUAGCGAUGACCAAAUUACCGAUCUCAUCUCAAAGCUCCGACAGUCUAUUCCAGAGAUUCGCCAGAACCGUCGUUCCAACACGGUAUCAGCAUCGAAAGUGCUACAAGAGACUUGCAACUACAUAAGAAACUUGAACAAAGAAGCCGAUGACCUCAGUGAUCGAUUGUCUCAGCUUCUGGAGACCAUUGACCCUAAUAGCCCACAAGCAGCCAUUAUUAGGAGCUUGAUUAAUGAAUAA